AUGGAAACGUUCGAGCAGAUUCUUGAGAUGGAUGAUGAUGAGAAUCAUGACUUCUCUUGGUCCAUUGUGUUAAAUUACUUCGAUCAAGCUGAAAGCACCAUCAAGGAAAUGGGUAGUGCGCUGGAAAAGGAGGAUUUGGCCUCCCUGUCACGGCAUGGACACUUCUUGAAAGGAUCGUCUGCAGCGCUUGGUGUAAAGAAAGUGCAAGAAUCCUGUGAGCGAAUGCAGCAUUACGGAAAGCUCAGAGAUGAGGAGAAGGGCGUAAGCAUUACCGAGAAGGAUGCACUGGAGCGCAUCGGAAAGCUCAUUCCCCAGCUCAAGGUCGACUACGCCGAAGCUGAGAAGUGGCUCAAGGAGCAUUACGAAUCCUAUUGA